AUGGAAGCAGUGAGCAACUGGCUUGACCGCGUAGCUCAAAGCUCGUUUGAUGUACCUCAUCCAGCUGAAAUCAAUGGUCCACAAGGAACUUCGGACGUCAAAGGUACUGGAGGUAACGCAGACAAUACAAGCAAUAUUGUUCCAUUUCGAAUUUUAAUUAAAUCACUUGAACUUUUACCAUCAUCCGUCUCUUCGACUCUUGCUGCUCCAUAUGAAGUGCAAUUUACUGCAACAUUAUUUGAUAAUUUAUAUAAACGAUUUUAUGGACAAACAUGGUUUAGUGGUUGGCAUAGAGGCAAACUUGCAACCGAUAGCUUCUUUCGAGUCAAUCUCAGUGAACCAUUAUAUUGCCAUAUACCAUUGAAAAAUGAUCAAAAUUGUUUAGUUAUUCAAUUUAUAUUUCGUAGUGGAGAAGAUAAACCCGAUCGAGAUGAACUUGUUGGUGGUUGGACAGUUAUUAAAUUAAAACCAUGGACUGCUGAUGAUGAUAUUACUAAAGCAAUUAGUAAUCGUCAACCAUUAUAUCAAGGUUCACCACGUGCUCUUAUGUUUCUUAAUGAACCACUUGAAACAUGUUCAAGAGUUUUGCAAGUUGCAUCUGCUGGUUUAUUUACUGAAAUAAGAUAUCAUGAUCCACUUUUUUCCGUCAUACAAUAUUUAUCUGAAUGUACUCUGUACGGACGUGGUGCUAAUAUCGGCGGUAUACAUCAUACUGGUGAUCCAAAUGAAGAUGUAUUAAAACAACCAAAUAUUCAAACAAAUCGACGAAAUAUUUUAAUUGAACAAGUUGAAAUUGAUAUGGAACCAUCAAUAAAUCAGUUUGAAGAAGAACUUUGUCGAUUAAUUAAUAAAGAUCGAUUAGAAAAAACCAAAACAACUCAAACAACAUUAACAGCAUUAGUACAAGAAUCACAUAAUAAAGUUUCUAUUGUUGAACGACGUUUACGUGUCGGUGUACACAACGGACAAUGUUAUGUACAAGAUCCACUUAUUUUUUAUCUAACAUCCGAUCAAGAAGAUACUGGAAUGUCAUCAUUAUCAAGAAAAUUAAGUUUUAGACAAUCACAACGACGAAGAACAGUAUCUGCUGAAAGUCGUACUAAUGGAAUAGAUGAUCGAAAAAGACUUUAUUUAAGAAAUCCAAUACGAAUUGAUGAUGUUCCUAUUGAUGAUUUAAAUGCUAUUGUAUUUGUACUUGAAUAUAUGGUUGCUAUACCACUUGGUACACCUGUUAAACCGAAUGCAACUAUUGAAAAUACUAAAGUAACAUUUACUAUUCGUUGGUCAGCUUGGUUUCCUGGUAAAGAUAAACAAGUUUCUUUAAUUAUGUAUGGAGGUGAAACAUUACCAAGUGAUGAACUUUUCGUAUAUAAACCAUCGAAAACAGUUUUACAUAAUGCACCUGAUAUUGUUCAAGAAACAUUACGAUUUAAUUAUAGAUUUGAUAAUGAAGCUCCUAUGCGAUAUCAAACUGUUACAGCCAGACAAGAUGUUUUAUCACCUGCUACUCAAAAACCGAUGAUUCCAUUUCAAUCAACUGUACCAACACCAAUGAAUUACGAUCUUAUGCAACGAACAGCGGUACCACCACAUACAAUUCCUUCAGCUAUACAACCACCUAUAUAUCACCAAGCUAAUCUAGUACCAUGGCAAGCUGAUGGAGUUUAUCCAGCAUAUUCACCAAUGUCAGCUUUAGCAAGUCAAAUGACUUUUGCUCAUACAUUAUCACGUGCUGCUUAUUCUCGUUUACAAGGUCAAAAUUUUCCAGCAAUAAAAACAAUGAAUGAUAAAGAAGCUGAAAUAAUUGAUAUAAGACAAUCACGUUUUCUUGAUUUACAAACAGAAAUGGCUGAUCCAAUGAAUUGUAAUCAAAUUAAUUUACAUUUUCUAUCUUAUUUCAAAAUGAUACGAGCUGGUAUAUCAUCGAAAUCAACUUAUCCAAAAAGUAUUUUUUUUACUUUUAAAUUCUAUCGUUUUCCUGAAACAACAACAAGCAGAGUAAUGCUUGAACGUAUGCAUGAUACGAUUUCUAAUGAUCCAAAUGUUGAACCAUAUAUACUUUGGCGUUUGAAAGAGGAUAGUACAAAAACUUCGGGUUUACCUGGAUUACCUGUAAAAUUUCAAGUUGAUGGUGCUUUUCUUGGUUCUGUUGAACAACGACAAUUUUUUGAAUAUCUCAAUACACAUACACUUUAUAUUGAAGUUUGGGAUGGUGACGGACUUUUUCCUGUUGGUAUGUGUGCACUUGAACUCAGGUAUUUACUUCGUGAUGGUCGUCCAGGUGUACAAACAUUAAUUGAACUUGAUGUAUAUGCAACUGUUCCAAUUGAAAGUAGUGAAGCACCUGCUAUGGAAAAUCAAUAUUAUCAAUCAAGUGAUCAACAAUUUUCAUUGAUUGGUGAAAAAUUAAAAACUGUUGGUAAAUUAAUAAUGCGUAUUGGUAAUGUUGGAUCAGUUGGAUCUGAACAACCAUCAAUUGAAACAAUUAAAGCUUCUGAUGCUUUACGAUUAUUACCAACAAGUCGAAUAAUAUCCUCUACACCACCUUUUGAUAUUGUUCAACAACGUGCUGGUGAAGUAACAACAGGUGGUAUUAAAGAUUAUCAUUUAACACGUGCACAUCGUAUAGUUGAAUCAUAUCCAAAUAUAAAUUCUGUUUUACAUAGUUCGGAUAAACAAGCUAAUGAAUCUGAACGUCAACGAAAAUUAGCACGAAUGGAAUCAGUACGAAAACGAACGGCCGAAGCCGGAACUGAUGAUGUCUCAACAUCAUUAGCAAUGACAAAUCGUAAAGCACGUGAAUUACGUGGAAGUGAUUUACGUACAAUAUCAAUGUAUCGUCAACAAACAAAACAUGAAGAUAUUGCUCAUCAUUUAAUGGCAUUUAUUACUCGUGAAGUAAAUAUUCGUUUAAUGCCUGGUAAUGUUGAAUUUUUUGAAUAUAUACUUCAAAAUCCUUAUCCAGAACAACAUUCUAUUAGUAUUGCAUGUAAUGAUGAUGAAUUAAGUGUUGUAACUGAUGCACGAGAAUGGCGUCGUCUUAAAACUUUAUUUGAAGUUUUUUCUGAUACAGAAGAAAAUAUGUUUACAAAUCAAACAGGAAUUAUUGAUCAAAGUGGCUUAAAAUAUCCACAAAUAUUUGUCCGAGCGAAAGAAUCAGUUCAUAUACCAUUUAAAUUACAAACAUUUCUCGCAAAAAUACCACCAGCUGAACAUAAAACAUCAUCGAAUCCAUUUGCAUUAGAACAAACGUAUUCUGUUGUAGAAAAGAAUUACAAUGAAAAAAUUAAAUCUAAACAAAUUAAGGCAACAUUUCAAGCAGAAGAUGGUACACCAAUAGGUAUUUUAUCUAUUAAUGUCGAAUAUUUGUCACCUAUUGUUGAUCAAACUAUUCGUUGUAUUAAUGGAGAAAAUACAUUAUUAAAACGAGUAUUUCGUAUACCAAAUCCACGUCGAGCUGUUGAAACAGAAUCUCUUUCUGGUUUACCUGAACAAAUUCAUCAAAUAUUUGUUCGUGCAAGUGAUUUAAAUAUUGUUUGUGAAGCUAAAUCUGUAUCGAUUAAUCAACCAUGUGAUAUGUUAAUUAAAGCUGCUACACAUAAUGCACCUACAGUGAAUAGUUUCAUAGUAUUUAUGUAUGGUGAUGGUUUUCUUCAUAGACCUAUAAAUGUAUGGCAAUUUCAAAUUCAUGCUGUUAAACGUUUAGAUUUAACUUGUAUUCAAUAUCAAACAACGACUGCUACUCUUCUUCUUCGAGGUACACGUUCAUCACGUUUGGUUCAAUGUUUUGGCAAUGCACCUGAUGAACUAAUAAUCUCACCAAGCAAUGCUUUUUCUUUAGCUGCUAAUGGACUUCAUGAAAUUCAUAUACUUGUACGACCAGCACGUUCAGGUCUACGUACAUAUUGUGUGAAUGCAGUUGAUGUAGAAAAUCAUCAAAUUGUUGAUACAUGGAUGAUACGAAUUGAUACACGUAUGCCUAUUAUAUCAAAACAAUUCGCUCAUUCAGUAUCGCUUGGACAAAGUCAAUCUGUUAGUAAACGUAUAUCAUAUACAAAUCCAUAUGCUAUUCGAAAAACAUUCUUUUUUACAAGCAGUCAUCCUGAAUUACUUCAAUUACAACAUCAAAAAAUUGAUUUUCAAGCAAAUGAAAAGAAAUUUAUUAGUUUUACAUUAUUACCAGCGUUUAAUGUUACACCUGUUACAGAUAUUAUUAUAUUAAUUAAUAACGAACAAGAUACAAACGAAGAUGCUUAUUGUAUUCGUGUUACUUAUACAGAUUCAAACAUUCCUAUUUAA